AUGGCAUCGGUGCGCGAAGCUCCGGCGUGGAAGUUCCACGUGUUUCUGAGUUUCAGAGGAGAGGACACGCGCAACGGUUUUACGGACCAUCUCUACGCUGCGUUUAGGGGACUCGGCUUUGCUGUUUUCAGAGAUGACGAAGAGCUGGAGAGAGGAGAAGUCAUUGCGCUCGCGCUUCUGGAGGCGAUCGAAGUGUCUCUGUGUUCCGUGGUGGUUCUCUCGCCGCGUUAUGCCUCUUCGCGGUGGUGCUUGAACGAGCUCCUCAAGAUACUGGAAUCGCGAGCGGAGUUCGGUCGGCACGUUUUGCCGAUCUUCUACGACGUGGAUCCCUCAGACGUCAGACAUCAACGAGGAUCGUUCGCCGAUGCUUUUGCGAAGCAUGUGGAGAGGUUUGGGAGCUGUGAGGUUCGGAGGUGGAGACAAGCGUUGAAGGAUGUUGCGGAUUUGUCUGGCUGGACCUCUAAGGAUAAGUAA